AUGAUACUGAUCCUUUCUUUUUUCUUUUAUAGAAAGCGUGUUACUUCUCGCUCCAACACGAAUAACAGCAGUGCCCGUGGCGGUAUUCCUGGAGGAAGCACAUCCAGUAUGAUGAGUAUUUAUUCUGAUGAUGCUCCUGGACUUCGCGUUGAUCCAGUCGUCGUCUUGGUCCUUUCCUUGACCUUUAUUGCUUCUGUAUUUGGUCUUCAUAUUGUUGGCAGAUUUUUGGCUUAA